GUUUCAAGUACUUGAUGUAGUACUAACCAACCCUUUCUCUGCCGUCUGAUCCGGAAAAUUAUUUUUAGUGCUCUACUAAAAAAUUAAAAUAAUUUUUUAAACCUUUCAAACUUGACAGAUUGUGGAAUAAUGUCCUCGGAAGAAAUUGAUAUUUAUCAGCCUCCCCACCACAUCCAGACAAAUGCUCAUUGCAAGAGCAUGCGAGAUUACGAAGCCAUGUAUAAAGACUCCAUCGAGAACCCAACAGACUUCUGGCACAAGAUAGCUCAAACAUUCUAUUGGAAGAAGCUUCCCUCUCUUGAGAAUUUCUCUACUUACAAUUUCAACUCGAGUCGUUCACCAAUCACCAUAAAAUGGAUGUCUGACGGCAUAACCAACGUCUGCUACAACGUGCUGGACAGGAAUGUUUACGAAAGAAAAAUAGGCGAUAAAGUAGCUUUUUAUUGGGAAGGUAAUGACCCAAAAGAUUCAUCAAAAAUAACAUAUGCUGAACUGUUGAAAGAGGUCUGCAAGUUUGCUAAUGUUCUCAAGUCUAAAGGCCUAACGAGAGGUGACAGAGUGGCCAUAUACAUGCCAAUGAUAGUAGAGUUGUUGGUGGCCAUGCUGGCCUGUGCUCGACUUGGAAUCAUACACUCCAUUGUUUUUGGUGGCUACUCGAAGGAAUCACUUGGUAAUCGAAUCCAGGCAGCUCGUGCGGCUGUCAUCAUAACUGCAGAUGGAACGUGGAGAGGUGACAAGUUGUUGAACAUCAAGGAAGUUGCCGACGGAGCGAUUGACAGCUGUGCGAGCAGUGGCUUCAAAGUCGAGCAUUGCAUUGUCGUGAGACAUGUGACAGCCAAUCACAAUGCGGGAGAGAAUGCUGACAUGGAUAAGAUUGGAUGUCGGCCAACCAACAAGAUACAAUUUUCAUGGCAGGCCGGGCGAGACGUGUGGUACGACGAUGAGAUGAGUCGGGCCAGUGAUAUUUGUGAUGUUCAGUGGAUGGAUGCUGAAGAUCCAUUAUUCAUCCUCUACACGAGCGGUUCAACUGGUCGACCAAAAGGGAUAAUGCACAGCCAGGCGGGUUACAUGGUGUACGUGGCGACCACAUUCAAAUACGUCUUCGAUUACAAAGAGGACGAUGUUUACUUCUGCACUGCGGACAUCGGCUGGAUCACUGGACAUUCGUACGUCUGCUACGGACCCAUGGCCAAUGGAGCAACUAGUGUCAUAUUUGAAGGUGUUCCAUUUUUUCCUGACAGUAGCAGAUACUGGCAGAUAGUCGAGAAGUACAAGGUGAACAAAUUCUACACAGCACCUACGGCCAUCAGAGCUCUAAUGAAAUUCGGCGACGAUUUUGUCACACGUUGCGACCGUUCAUCUCUCGAGAUCCUGGGCAGUGUUGGUGAGCCAAUCAACAGUGAGGCAUGGUUGUGGUACCACAACGUGGUCGGGGCAGGCAGGUGCGCCAUUGUUGAUACUUUCUGGCAGACUGAAACUGGAGGUCACUUGAUCACUCCGCUGCCUGGAGCCACACCGACCAAACCCGGAUCGGCUACGUUUCCAUUUUUUGGCGUGGAGCCUGUGCUGUUGAGUGAGGAUGGUCACGUGAUUGAAGGUCAAGGAGAAGGCCAUCUGGCAUUCAAGAGACCCUGGCCAGGAAUGAUGAGAGCGAUCUACGAAAAUUAUUCCCAAUUUGUUUCUUCGUAUUUCAAAAAGUUUCCUGGAUAUUAUGCAUGUGGUGAUGGAGCCAGGAGAGACAAGGAUGGAUAUCUGUGGAUAACAGGUCGUAUAGACGACAUGUUGAACGUCAGUGGUCACCUGAUCAGCACUGCAGAGGUCGAAUCCGUACUCGCCCACCACCCCUCCAUCAUCGAGUCUGCCGUCGUCGCGAAACCUCAUAAGGUCAAGGGCGAGUGCCUCUACUGCUUCGUCACCCUCAAGAACGGAGAAAAAUUUGACAAGGAAUUAGUUGCUUCAAUUAAAAAUCUAGUUCGAGUAAAGAUGGCUCCAUUUGCACAACCCGAUUACAUUCAAGAGGCACCAAGUCUGCCGAAGACGAGGUCGGGAAAAAUUAUGCGAAGGAUUUUGAGGAUGGUUGCCGUCGGGGACCGAAACAUUGGAGACACUUCAACGCUGGCCGACGAGUCGGUUAUCGAAGAACUUUUUAGGCUGAGAGUUGAAUGAUCGAUGGUUUAGUUUUUCCAACACAUGAUUGGACGGUGCCGUAUAAUUGAUUGUGAUUGGACAAUUGCUGUACGGAUAAUGAUUGUGAUUGGAUGGUUGGUCAGUCCAUUGAUUGAACAAUUUGGUUCAUGUCUGAAAGUUUCGUUCUUGAGACUUUUAAUGACGGUGGUGGCAGUAAUCUUGGUGGUGAAAUGUUAAUUUAUAAUUUAAAACACCUAAUUUAUUGUAACUAAAAAGAAUUUUGCAAUACGAUUGUGCUGGAUUCUAGAAGCAAAAGUAAUGUUUUCUGGUAAUGUUUUAAUUGCCAUUUAUUCUCAUUUCUUGUUGGUAGUUAUAGCGACAUAGCAGUGAUAGCAGCGGUAGACUCAAUAUUAUUUCUUCUGACCCACUAACGGUAAACAUUCACAAUUUUUAAAAACUGGUACGCUCGUCUCAUUCACAUCAGUUUUUUUUAUGGACUGUCAUUCUUAUUAUUACUGCUAUUAUCAUUGUUGUUGUUAUUUAAUGUCAUAUAUUUAUUUUUUAUGCUACUAACGUAAAUUUGAUCAUCUCAUUCCAUCAACGUCGUCUCUACUAUAUUACCAUUUAUUAUUCGGUUUUGUCCUACAAGGCAUAAUAAUAGCAACCCUUAUUAGUGUGACGAAUCUUUUACAGCGUACGUCGAUUUUUGAAUGAACAUGAAGCACCCACUCCCCAUCACGGUAGGCAGUUUAUUGUAAACACGACUUGCACUAGUCGAAAUGUAUUUUGGAAAACAACUCUUUACCACCAUCUUGUUUACGCGCAAAGCAAACACAUACGAAGAAAGAAGCAAAUUUCCAAACAUUCCUCGCGAGUCGCAUGUUGUAUUGUUGCAUGUAAUGUUGCGUAGGUAUGCAGUUUACAGAAAGUAGUCGUUAAUAAUUAAUGUUCUAUCGAAUGCGAGUUAUAUAAUGAAUGUGAUGCAGACGUUAAAAGCGAACCAAAUAACUAUUUAGGCCUGGCCAACUGUCUCUAUUUUUAAUCAUCUUUUCAUUCACAUUAUGAUAAUUUUGUAGCUGCGAAAUUUAAAAUUCAAUAAACCAGUAUUUUACAUCA